AUGGCUCCAACUGGCAUCUAUCGCGAUCAUGAAGUGAUUGAUCUGCUCUCCGAUAGUGAGACGGAGGACGAGGAUCUCGCAAGACACGAAUUGGAGGCCUUCGACGCACGAUCUGCAGCAGAAUUCGCUCUCGACUUCCCGGAUCUGGAUGAUCCUAUCGCAGAGUUCCGCGCAGAAUUCCAGGCAAAUGACCGUCAAGUGAUCGAUUUGACCGACAUUCCAGACAUUGACGUUCCGCCGUCUGACGCUGUCGUGGCAGAAGACGACAGACCACCACCAGAGGGACGAGCUUCCGAUUGGGGUGAGAACAUCGCAUUGGUCACCGAAGCUGCCUGUUUGCAGAUGGUUUUGAGCGUGCUGCCGGACAUCUCGGUCGAUUACGUCCUCAGAUUGAUCCAAGAAAAAUUGACAGACACCACACGAACAACCGCACAAUGCGAGCAUUUCCUCACGGAGUUAUUGGAAGGCGAGCCAUAUCCAAAAGAAUCAGACGACGCGAAGAAUAAGAAGAGAAAGAGGGAUGACCAAGCCGAGGGUGAGUUGAGCACCUACGAGAAGGGCGAGCGUGAUCCCGAGAUCGGCGGUUAUGAACAUGACGCAACAGAGCUACUCAAAGACGAAUUUCUCACCGUACCCGUACGGCAUAUCACGACCGUUCUCAAACAGCAGAAGACUCUUUACAAGGCCUACGGAGUCAUUGAACAACAAGUGCGCAACUACGGACAAAUUGCCAGGACAUAUUCGAAGAUAAACAAAUCACGCAUCAAGCGCGGUAUUGAACUCCAGUUGAUUGAGCAAGGCAGUCAGAUACCCAAAGAGUUGCACGCAGCGAAGAAGAAGAGCGAAGCUGAAGCUGCCAAACGCCAAAAGCUCAAAGACGAGGAAAAGGCGGAAGAAGACAACUUAAAACGAGCGCAAAUGAACAAUGAAAUGGGUGAAUGCGCAUGUUGCUUCAACGACGUUCCUCUAAACCGCAUGAUAAGUUGCAACGGAGACACUACCCACUUCUACUGCGUAGACUGUCCCCGUCAACAGAUCGAGACGCAGAUGGGUCAAUCUCGAUGCAGACCCAAGUGUUUCGGAGUCGACGACUGCAAUGGAACGUUCACCCGGCGACAGUUGCAACAGGUUCUGAGCGACAAGACAUUCGAGCGACUCGAGCACAUGCAACAAAGAGAGGACUUGGAAGCGGCAGGUCUGGACUUCCUCUCGGAGUGCCCGUUCUGCGACUUCAAAAUGGAAUGUCUACCGGUUGAGGUUGACAAGGAGUUCCGCUGUCAAAACCCCAAAUGCAGCAAGACGAGUUGUCGCCUUUGCGAAAAGGAGUCUCACAUCCCACUCAGCUGCGAGGAAUUUAAGAAGGAUGGCCAAAUUACCCUGCGACACAUUGUCGAAGAAGCGAUGUCGGCAGCCUUGAUACGACACUGCAACAAAUGCAAACAUCCUUUCGUCAAGGAACUUGGUUGCAACAAGAUGACAUGCACGCACUGUAGGAAUGUGCAAUGCUACGUCUGCUCCAAGAACGUGACAGACUACAACCAUUUCGGCGAGUCUCGUGCAGGCAAAUGCCCUCUACACGAAAACGUCGAAGACCGCCACGAACAGGAGGUCAAGCGCGCAGCCGAUGAGGCCAUGGCCAAAGUCCGAGUCGAUAAUCCAGGCCUUUCAGAUGCAGAUUUGAUGGUCAAGGUCUCCGAUCGAGUCAAGCAAGCAGAAGAUGCACGAAAAGGUCGAGCAGGCAUAGAAGCGCAAGCCUUCCCUUACCACAUGGUUGGAGAGCAGCUCAGGCGAGCUCCCAUGGUGCCCCCAGUACCUGCGCCGCCGGCUCACCUCAAUGGAAUAGCAGCAAAUGUCGCCCCAGCAGAUCGGUACGUCCACCCUCAUCCAGUCAUCCCAGCCAUGCCGGCCAUGCCAGCUAUGCCAGCCUUUCCAGCCAUUCCAGCUAUGCCAGCUAUGCCAGCCAUGCCUACCAUGCCUGCGUUUGGAUACCCCGUCCAACCAUUCCCAUUCUUCCAACAUCUCUAUCCUGCUCAGCCCGUUCAGCCUAUGGGUUUCUACGGAGCCAUUCCACAGCAGCCAUAUCAGCCAUACAUUCAACGUCCGAUCCCAAUGAUCGCGCCAUGUCCAAGGUGUCACUUUUUUCAUCCGCCUAACCAGUAUUGCUAG